AUGAAGUUCUCCAACGUUGUUCUCGCAGCCAGUGCUGCCACCAUGGCCUACGCUUACCCCGGGGCCGUGAUGUUAUCCCUAACAAGCGUAGCGUGGGUCGGUGUCAGCGAGUCUGGCGCUGAGUUUGGUGAGGGCAACAUCCCCGGUACCCUCGGUACCGACUACACUUGGCCCGAGACCUCCAAGAUCCAGGUCCUGCGCGAGGCUGGCAUGAACAUCUUCCGUGUUCCCUUCCUUAUGGAGCGUCUGGUUCCUUCCAGCCUGACUGGAACCCUGGAUGCCACCUACCUGAGUGACUUGAAGUCUUUCAUCACCGACAGCGGUGCUUAUGCCGUCCUUGAUCCUCACAACUACGGAAGAUACUCUGGAAGUGUCAUCUCCUCCACCGACAACUUCAAGGCUUGGUGGAAGACCGUGGCUACUGAGUUUGCCUCCAACGAGAAGGUUAUCUUCGACACCAACAACGAGUACCACGAUAUGGACCAGACCCUGGUUCUCAACCUGAACCAGGCCGCCAUCGACGGUAUCCGUGCUGCCGGUGCUACCACCCAAUACAUCUUCGUUGAGGGCAAUGCCUGGACCGGUGCUUGGUCCUGGACUGACAACAACGACAACAUGAAGGGCCUUACUGACACUGAAGACAAGAUUGUCUACGAGAUGCACCAGUACCUCGACUCCGACAGCUCCGGCACCUCGGAGACCUGUGUCAGCUCUACCAUUGGCAAGGAGCGCAUCACUGCGGCCACUGAGUGGCUGAAGACUAACAACAAGAAGGGUUUCAUCGGCGAGUUCGCUGGUGGUGUUAACUCUGACUGCGAGACUGCCGUCAAGGGCAUGCUCUCUUACAUGUCUGACAACAGUGAUGUCUGGAUGGGCGCUGAAUGGUGGGCAGCUGGCCCCUGGUGGGGCAGCUACAUGUACAGCAUGGAGCCUACUGAUGGCCCUGCUUACUCGACCUACCUGCCCAUCCUGAAGGAGUACUUCGUGAGUAGCUCUGGCUCAUCAGCCUCAACCUCCACCACCACUGCUGCCGCCACCACUGCGGCCAGCACCAGCACUUCUUCAUCUACUACUUCAUCCACUGCUUCAUCCACCACAUCUUCUGCCGCAGAGGCAAUCAGCACCCCCAAAACUCAGGCCCAAGUUUCUAGCCCAGCAACUGAAUCUUCCAGCUCUCUUGAUAGCUCCGCUGAGUCGGAUGCCCCCACCGCCACCGCAACCUCCUCCCUGUCCUCUAUUCCCGUCGUCGUUCCCACCGCCGCCCCGACUACCUUCGUUAGCGCUCCUUCCUCUAUCCAAUCCUCCACAAACUCGCCCGCUAGCACUAGCACCAGCACUCCCAGUGUUGGUGGUACUGUUGCUCACUACUACCAGUGUGGCGGAGCCAACUGGACUGGUGCUACUACUUGCGCCAGUGGUCUCACUUGUGUCAAGCAAAAUGAGUUCUAUCACCAGUGCCUGUAG